AUGAGCGUGAACACAGCUAAGGUGAUUAUGAUUGUGAAGAAUAGCACCAAGUUGAGAUGUGAAGAGGUGAAGCAGACUUUCCAUGACAAGAUCUGGAGAGAUGCCGAGGUUGCUAAGAAAGAUAGCUCAGCAUUGGUUAGAGGGGAAACACAGGAGCUAGGUGCCAGAGCAUCAAGAGAAAGUUCAUAUGAUGACCAAGAGGAAAAUAGAAAAUACUUGAUAUCUGAAUCAUGUACUUUUGUUGUGUGCUCAAUUAUAUUUACAGGUUACAUGGAUGGACAACUUGCAAUACAAUCAGAUUCCAAAGCCCAGAUUCUAAAAAGUGGAGGCACUACACUUUCUCAGAAUAGCCAAGAAGAAAGCAAGGAAGCACUAAAGAAUGAAAUUAUAUUUACAGAUUCUGAUGAAUACCUGAUAUCAACAAGAAAAAAGGAGCCAAAAAGAAAAGGAAAAGGCACUGAUUCAGAGAAAGACAAGAUAGGAAUGGAAGUCAAGACAGAGAAUGAAGCUGGAAUACCACAAGGACAGGAAGCCCAAGAAAAGAAGAGUGAGGUCAGAAUACUGAAAGGACAGGAAUCCCAAGUAAUAAAGAGUGGGGCCGGAAUACCACCAGGACAGGAAUCCCAAGUAAAGAAGAGUGACACUGGAAUACCAAAAAGACAGGAAUCCCAAGUAAAGAAGAGUGGGGCCGGAAUACCAAAAAGACAGGAAUCCCAAGUAAAAAAAAGUGAGACUGAAAUACCAAAAAGACAGGAAUACCAAGUAAAGAUGAGUGAGGCAGGAAUACCACCAGGACAGGAAUCCCAAGUAAAGAUGAGUGAGGCCAGAAUACCAAAAAAACAAGAAUCCCAAGUAAAAAAAAGUGAGACUGAAAUACCAAAAAGACAGGAAUCCCAAGUAAAGAAGAGUGGGGCCGGAAUACCAAAAAGACAGGAAUACCAAGUAAAGAUGAGUGAGGCAGGAAUACCACCAGGACAGGAAUCCCAAGUAAAGAUGAGUGAGGUCAGAAUACCAAAAAAACAAGAAUCCCAAGUAAAGAAAAGUGAGACUGAAAUACCAACAAGACAGGAAUCCCAA